AUGAGCCUUCAACCUGUAAGCAUUCCUUUGGAUCAACUGUGCGCUGUGCGCUUGCUGAUUUUCCUGGCAUCCAAGUAUGAUACUCUCUUGACCUUUCACGAUGAGUACCGGGCCGCGAGUGCUCAAGACUACGAGGGCGCCGUAAGUGGCGUGUGGGACCUCCUCCUCAAUUACUACUUCAACCAAAAGGAUGGGUUUGUCCACAGAACCCAGGACAAAGUGGAAGGGGGAUACAUGGUGUCUCAACACCCAUGGCGGCAUCCCCAAUACGGCAUUAUCGCCGUCGGCAGAUAUGCCGAAUUCUACAAGUGGAACGCGGCCGCAUCUGCCCCAGCGAUCUACGCCGGCCGAUAUGACAUCUUGCGCGAUUCUGCUGACGUUCAUGAGCGCCUCAUGGAGAUCCGGGCGGAGCGCCUCGCUGGGCGGUAG